AUGCAAGGAACGUCGCACGGCGACUCCUUCCCUACGGGACUCAACAUGCACUCUUCGCCAUCCGCCCAGCGGAACCCUUCUUGGCAGUCGCAACAACUAUCACCAGUGCUCUCGAAUAGAUCUGCCCAUGCUGGAAGGCACCAAUCUGAGCGAUCUGAGGGCCAAGAAGAUGAUGCUCAAGAAAAUACGAGUCGUGCAUCGAGGACAGCGUCAGCGCACUCGACCCAAUCAAAAUGGUGGCACAUUUAUUUUUUCCGUGGAAUGAUCAAUGAUGUCAAGCGCAGAGCACCGUAUUACUGGAGCGAUUGGACUGACGCAUGGGAUUAUCGUGUCGUACCUGCUACGAUCUACAUGUAUUUUGCUAAUAUCUUGCCUGCUCUGGCUUUCUCGCUAGAUAUGUUCGAGAAGACAGAUCAGAGCUUUGGCGUCAAUGAAGUUCUACUGGCGUCUGUUCUUGGGGCAAUCGUAUUUUCGCUUUUUGCGGCCCAGCCAUUGGUCAUUGUUGGUGUAACUGGUCCUAUUACUGUGUUCAACUACACGGUCUACGACAUCGUUUCUCCUCGGGGAACACCAUAUCUUGCAUUCAUGUGUUGGAUUGGAAUUUGGUCUUUGAUCAUGCAUUGGAUAUUGGCCAUCACUAAUUCCUGCAAUGCUUUGACCUAUGUCACUCGGUUCUCAUGCGACAUCUUUGGGUUCUAUGUCGCAUGUAUUUAUCUUCAAAAGGGCAUUCAAGUUCUUACCAGACAAUGGGGUUCUGUGGGAGAGACUUCCGCUUACUUGAGUAUCAUGGUUGCACUUUUGGUCCUGAUGUGUGCAUGGAUCUGUGGCGAGUUGGGCAACAGCAAUCUUUUCAAACGGCCCAUUCGGAAAUUCCUCGAGGACUAUGGCACGCCAUUGACCAUCGUCUUCUUUACCGGUUUCAUCCAUAUCGGCCAUAUGAGGGAUGUCGACGUUGCUACGUUGCCUACUAGCAAGUCUUUCUUUCCUACAAGUGACCGAUCUUGGCUCGUUCACUUCUGGGAUAUCAGCGUUGGGGAUGUCUUCCUCGCCAUUCCGUUUGCACUUCUUCUCACGAUUCUCUUCUGGUUUGAUCACAAUGUGUCAUCCCUCAUUGCCCAAGGAACUGAAUUUCCUCUGCGGAAGCCAGCUGGCUUCCAUUGGGAUAUUUGGCUGCUUGGUCUCACAACCUUUGUCGCCGGGAUUCUGGGAAUACCAUUCCCUAAUGGCCUCAUUCCCCAAGCUCCCUUCCACACUGCUGCCCUCUGCGUCACCCGUCAAGUUGCAGAUGAAGAUGAUACAAACAAGGGAAAAGCCAUUCGGAUAACUGACCAUGUAGUAGAGCAGCGAGUGAGUAACUUUGCGCAAGGCCUUUUGACCUUGGGAACAAUGACCGGACCUCUCCUCAUCGUGCUGCACCUGAUUCCACAGGGCGUCAUGGCUGGUCUUUUCUUCAUUAUGGGCGUCCAGGCUCUACAGGGCAACGGCAUCACGCAGAAACUGAUCUUCCUCGCCCAAGAUAAAAACUUCACCCCCGCAUCGAAUCCUCUCAAGAGGAUUGAACGUCGUGCGGCCAUCUGGGCGUUUGUCAUUCUUGAGUUAGUCGGUUUUGGUGCGACUUUCGCCAUCACUCAAACCAUCGCUGCUAUCGGCUUUCCUGUCAUCAUUCUCCUUCUCAUCCCCGUGCGAUCGUUUUUGCUCCCCAGAUGGUUCACUCGCGAGGAGCUUGCAGCUCUGGAUGGACCGACCGCAAGUCCAUUCACCAUGGAAAGUGUCGGCGGCACUCAUGGGCUAGAGGAUUAUGAACAGGCGGUAGCCAGUGGCAUCCAGGAGGAACCCUCAACUGGAGGAAACGGAGUAUUGAGAAACAGGACCUCGACUUCUCCGGAAUCUGCAGUGGAGGAUAAUGAUCUGGAGCGAGGUGAGGCAUAUGAACUCCCCUCUCGGGUUUCGCGCAGAAGAAGCACAGCUAGCAGGAUUGAUUGA